CCAACUUAAGUUCAAAACCAUGCACUAUCUUUCUUUCUUUAAAAACUAACUGAAGUGACUGGACACGUUUUUCUUCACUUGGGCGUGUUUUAAUUAAAUAAGAAUGUCCCAUCGUAAAUUUUCGGCCCCUCGCCAUGGUUCUAUGGCCUUUUACCCGAAGAAACGUUCUCGUCGUCAUCGCGGAAAAGUUAAGGCCUUUCCUAAAGAUGAUGCCAGCAAGCCUGUACAUUUAACCUGCUUUAUUGGCUAUAAAGCUGGUAUGUCGCAUAUCGUUCGCGAAGCUGAUCGUCCCGGUUCAAAAAUCAAUAAAAAAGAAGUAGUGGAAGCCGUCACGGUUUUGGAAACACCGCCCAUGAUCGUUGUUGGUGCGGUGGGCUACAUUGAAACACCUUUCGGUUUGCGUGCUUUAGUCAACGUUUGGGCGCAACAUUUAUCCGAAGAGUGCCGUCGACGUUUCUAUAAAAAUUGGUAUAAAUCGCAAAAGAAAGCUUUCACCAAGGCCAGCAAGAAAUGGGGUGAUGAUCUCGGAAAGAAGAGCAUUGAAAAUGACUUCCGUAAAAUGUUACGCUACUGCAAAGUGAUUCGCGUCAUUGCUCACUCUCAGAUCCGUUUGAUUAAGCAACGCCAAAAGAAAGCCCAUAUAAUGGAGAUUCAAUUGAAUGGCGGCUCUAUUGAGGAUAAGGUGAAGUGGGUGCGUGAGCAUUUGGAAAAACCUGUAGCGGUUAGCAAUGUUUUCGGUCAAGAUGAAAUGAUUGAUUGUAUCGGUGUGACCAAAGGUAAAGGCUUCAAAGGUGUCACUUCGCGUUGGCAUACCAAGAAGUUACCGCGUAAGACACAUAAGGGUUUACGUAAAGUCGCGUGUAUAGGAGCUUGGCAUCCAUCUCGUGUGUCGACCACUGUUGCUCGGGCUGGUCAAAAAGGCUAUCAUCAUCGCACUGAAAUUAAUAAGAAAAUUUAUCGUAUUGGUGCCGGUAUACAUACUAAGGACGGAAAGGUUAUUAAAAAUAACGCCUCAACUGAAUACGAUUUAACAGAUAAAAGCAUAACGCCAAUGGGUGGCUUUCCCCAUUACGGUGAAGUGACAAACGAUUUCGUCAUGAUUAAGGGUUGUUGCAUUGGCUCGAAGAAGCGUGUCAUCACUUUGCGCAAGACCUUGCUGAAGCAUACUAAACGCUCGGCUUUGGAGCAAAUCAAAUUGAAAUUUAUCGAUACUUCGUCGAAAAUGGGUCAUGGUCGCUUCCAGACACCGGCCGACAAGUUGGCCUUCAUGGGUCCCCUCAAAAAGGAUCGCAUCAAAGAGGAACAAGCAGCUACUAUUGCUGCUGCCGCUACCACAUCGGCUUGAGAAUUUUUACAAGUUUUUUCUUUAAAAAUCUUAAUAUUAUCCACUUCUGGUGGAUGGUAAAUAAACAACAUUUUACUUUGUUUAUAUGAA